UGCUGCUGUGGUUGCUACACAGUGCUAUCUCUUAUCCAUGAUGUCUUAUGAUCGGUAUUUAGCCAUUUGCAGACCUCUCCACUAUGCCUCUCUUAUGGAUAGAAGGCUGUGCUUUCGUCUAGCAGCUGGCUCCUGGAUCAAUGGGUUCAUAGGGAUGUCAGUAUACAUACCAUUGAUGUCCCAGUUAAUAUUCUGUGGGCCCAAAGAUAUUGACCAUUUUUUCUGUGAUGUGAGCCCAUUAAUGAAGCUUUCUUGCAGUGAAACCAAGACCAUGGAGUUAGUGACCACCAUUUUCUCAUCCAUUUUCACACUGCCUCCGUUCAUGUUAACCCUGACAUCCUACAUAUUAAUUGUCAACAGUAUCAUGAGAAUCCCAUCCACAACUGGGAAGAAAAAGGCCUUCUCCACAUGCUCUUCUCAUCUCCUUGUGGUUUCCAUUUUCUACGGGACCUUAAUCAUAGUCUAUGUGCUUCCAAAGACAGAGAAACUGAGAAAAUUAAAUGAAGCCUUCUCUGUGUUUUACUCCAUCCUGACUCCCUUGAUCAACCCUCUGAUAUACAGCCUGAGAAACCGAGAGAUGAGGAAGGCCCUGAGAAAGUUUCUUGGGAAGUUUGUAAAGCUCUUAAGGCCUCAGGAAAUCUAAGAACAUUGGUCUACAACAUUUUCCCCUGAUAUGGUGAUGGAGAGAUCUGUCUAAGAAUAAUGGCUAACGUACAACACAAUGCACCUGCCUUGGCAGAGGGAUGUGUUUGCCUUCUGCCCUAGCCCAGAGCCUGUCUUCACUGCUAGUGGAGGCAGGGGAGGCUCUGUGCACACUAAGUAGGGGUGUGCG